AAAUUGUCAAUUAGAUUUUUUUUUUUAAAUGACACUUGCUCCAAAAAAAAUAAUAAACACAUCUGUAUUUAUUUUUUACUUUUAAAAAAAUGAAUUAUUUAUUAAUAAUAUCAACAUUUUUAUGUAUGUUUUCACAUAUAAUACCUAUAACUAUAAAAUACAUAGUAUCAUGGAUAUAUUCUGAAAGUCAGGAAGAACGUAAUUUACGUAAAUCAAUAUUAAAAUUAGAGCAAGAUUUAUCAAAAAUAUCAAUGGUUGAUGAAUUUGCUAAAUAUACAAAAAUUCAAAGAAAUCAUACUAAACUAAGAGAAGAUAUGAAAAAAGCUACAGCUGAAAGAACAUCAAUGAAAACAAAAUCAAAUGUAUUUUUUACAUAUGGAACAAAAGUAUUUAAUAUUGUUGUUGUUAUGGUUAUGAUGCAAUUAUAUCGAAGUGAGCCAGUUAUUAUUCUUCCAAAAGGAAGUCUUUGGCCUCUUGAAAAUAUUCUAAGUUGGCCAAGUACUUAUGAUGAUUCAAUAUCAUUAUUUUCUUGGAUGGCUGUGACAAAACUAGUUAUGUCAAAAGUAUUUAAUAAAUAAAAAUAAUAUAUAGAUUAUUGUAAUUUAAUUGAAAUAUAUAAAAAUUUAUUUAAACGUUUUGUUUAUUGUUAAUUGGGUCGUUGAAAAAAUAACAUAAAUAAUUUUAUUGUUAAUUUUUUAUGAAUCAAAAUUAUUGUCAACAUGCUGUGAACAGAAACUAUUUGCAAUUUUUUCUCGUUGAAAAAUAACAA